CUCACGUGAGACAUCCGAGAGUGAAAUCUCGUGAUAAGCUACAUGGUCUCGUUCUGAUCCCUUGGUCUUACCUUCCCUUCCAAUAAUAACAAUUGUUAAAUGAAUUGGCUUUAGAUAACAAUAACCCUAACUUUUGCUCAAGCGACAUGUUGUCUCGCCUUCUGAAGGAGCAUCAAGCGAAGCAAAAUGAGCGGAAGGAGCUGCAGGAGAAACGCAGACGUGAAGCAAUUGCUGCUGCCACCUGUCUAACUGAAGCCCUGGUAGAUCACCUGAACGUUGGUGUUGCUCAAGCAUAUGUAAACCAACGCAAACUGGACCAUGAAGUUAAGACACUCCAAGUGCAGGCAAACCAAUUCUCCAAGCAAACAGCUCAGUGGAUCAGCAUGGUGGAGGGAUUCAAUCAGGCAUUGAAAGAAAUUGGAGAUGUUGAAAACUGGGCCCGCAGCAUCGAGAUGGACAUGAGAACAAUUGCCACAGCUCUGGAGUACGUACACAAGGGGCAGCUUCAGUCUACGUGCUCAUAAGCAUCAUCAUGUGUUUUUACAGUACAUUUGUUCCUGAAUAUAAAUCUAUACAUGGAUGCACUGAGUGGAGUGAGAUUUUACAGACAAAUAUUUGUCUGUAAAAUAUUUGUCUGUAUUUCACUGGUGAAGUUUUGGUGAAGUUUUGUUUUUAGCUACAAAACUGGAAAGAGUGAGCACAAAAAGCUCAAUAAUACAUUUUAUUAGGAUACAGUAUUUCCUUUUUCUUUGUAAGUUUUUUUUUUUGAAGGAUAGAAAAUGAAAGUAUUUAAUAGGCAGAAGGUUUGACCCCACACAAUUUCUGGUAGGUUAUUCUUUAAAAUAUCUCUUUAAAAGAAUUAAUGACAUAUUUACAUGUGCACCUCAUCUCUCCUGUAUCCACAUCUGAUUUGAGUGAAGAUUGAAUUUCAGUUGUUGUAAAGGUAAUUUUUAAAUGUGUAGCUUAACAAAAUUAAUUGUUUGUUUUUUUUAUUAGACAAGUUAUGAUAAAUGGACAGUUAUCGUACAUAACAAUAAAACAAGCAAAUAAUGAUA